AUGAAACAGCCCAACAGAAAGAGGAAGCUUAGUAUGGAUUCCAAAGAGCAUUUGAAUCAGGAUGGAUGCUUGGAGCAAGCUGAAGAAGAAAAGAAGCCCAGGGAUGGUGCCACCCCAUUGAGUCACGUCCCCUCAGUGGCUGCACAGGAAGCUUGGUCUUGGGAGCAGUACUUGACAGAACAGAAGGCUAUAGCGGCACCCGUGGAACUGUUUUCCAAGGACCAAUCCUUUCCGGAGCACGAAAAUGGUUUUCAGGUUGGAAUGAGAUUAGAAGGCAUUGACCCCCGACAUCCAUCUGUAUUCUGUGUACUGUCUGUAGCUGAGGUGUGUGGUUACCGCCUAAGACUUCAUUUUGAUGGUUAUUUAAGCUGCUACGAUUUUUGGACCAAUGCUGGUUCCCCUGACAUUCAUCCAGUAGGGUGGUGUGAAAAGACCAAACAUGAAUUGCACAUCCCUAAGGGUUAUAGAAAAGAUAAAUUUGUUUGGAUGGAUUACUUGAAGGCCUGCAAAUUGCAAAAUGCUCCCAAGAAAUUAUUCAGAAACCGGAGUUCUAAUGGGCCAAUGCCUAAAGAAUUUCAGGUUGGAAUGAAGCUGGAGGCCGUCGACAGGAAGAACCCUUCCUUGGUGUGUGUGGCAACCAUAGCAGAUAUUGUUGAAGAUCGCUUACUAGUGCAUUUUGACAAUUGGGAUGAUAGUUACGAUUACUGGUGUGAUGUAAAUAGCCCUUAUGUCCAGCCAGUUGGUUGGUGUCAGGAGAAUGGAAGAACUCUGAUAGCACCCCAAGGUUAUCCUGAUCCAGAAAAUUUUUCCUGGACAGAAUAUCUGGAAGCUACUCAAACUAAUGCUGUUCCUGCCAAAGUUUUUAAAAUGCGGCCACCCCACGGUUUUCUGCCCAGCAUGAGGCUUGAAGCGGUGGACAGACGGAACCCCAGGCUAAUUCGCGUGGCUACAGUCAUCGAUGUGGAUGAGCAGCGGUUAAAGGUUCAUUUUGAUGGCUGGGACCACAAAUAUGACUACUGGAUGGAUGCAGACAGCCCUGACAUCCACCCGAUUGGAUGGUGUGACAUAACAGGGCAUCCCCUGGAAGUACCAUAUCGAGCAAAUGAUGUGAAAAUCCUUCCAGGUCAAGCUGUUUGUCCUACUCCAGGGUGCCGAGGAAUAGGCCAUAUCCGUGGUCCACGGUAUUCAGGACAUCACAGUGCUUUUGGCUGCCCGUAUUCCGACAUGAACUUGAAAAAGGAGGCAACUCUUCAUGACCGUCUGCGAGAACAGACACAGGCAAAUUUGGAAUCUGACUCUUCACAUUCAAGAUCAAAGAACCUCUGUAGUUUGAACUUCAACGGAAAACACGAGAAGGUGAACAGUCAGCCCAGACUUGUACAGCAGGCAAAGUGUUUGAAAAUCAAAGGAAAAGAAGAUAUUGACUUGGAUAAUCUCUUCAGAGUCGCUGUUUGUGUGCACACACAUCCCAGAGGGGUCGAAUAUUCCGCUGAGCAGACACAGCAGGCGCUGCACCAGUCCGUCUUCAUGUCCUCCAUGUCGGCCCACCCCUUCCGGGACCUUCCACUCGGCAGGGAGCAGCACUGCAAGUUGCUUCCAGGCGUGGCCAACAUCCAGGCAGGCGAGGUGGCCCGGUGGACAGUGGACGAGGUGGCUGAGUUUGUACAGUCUCUUCUGGGCUGUGAAGAACACGCCAAGUGCUUCAAGAAAGAGCAGAUCGAUGGCAAAGCCUUCCUGCUUCUGACACAGACAGACAUCGUCAAGGUGAUGAAGAUCAAGCUGGGUCCAGCACUGAAAAUUUACAAUUCUAUCCUCAUGUUCAGGAAUUCCCAGGACCUCACUGAAGAAGAUUCUCUCUCAGGCCAAGAAGCCAGAGGAUAA